AUGGGAGGAAAUGAGACCUCAGUCUCAGAGUUCAUCCUCCUGGGAUUCCCUCUUAACCCACGCAUGCGGACGCUCCUCUUUGGUCUCUUCUCCCUCUUCUAUGCCUUAACUCUGCUGGGCAACGGGCUCAUCCUGGCCCUCAUCUGCCUGGACAGCAGACUGCGCACCCCCAUGUACUUCUUCCUCUCCCACCUGGCCACUGUGGACAUCACUUAUGCCUGCAACACGGUGCCCCAGAUGCUGGUGAACCUGCUGAGCCCAGCCAAGCCCAUCUCUUUUGCAGGCUGCAUGACUCAGACAUUCCUCUUUUUGACAUUUGCACACACAGAAUGUCUGCUCCUGGUGGUGAUGUCCUAUGACCGCUACGUGGCCAUCUGCCACCCACUGCGGUACUCUGCCAUCAUGAGCUGGAGGGUCUGCAUCGCCCUAGUGGAGACUUCCUGGAUUGCAGGCAUCCUCUUGGCCCUUGUCCAUCUAGCAUUACUCCUACCAUUGCCCUUCUGUGGAGCUCAGAAAGUCAAUCACUUUUUCUGUGAAAUUCUAGCUGUUCUCAAACUUGCUUGUGCAGAUACCCACAUUAAUGAGGUCAUGGUUUUGUCGGGGGCAGUGUCUGUGCUGGUGGGGCCUUUCUCUUCAGUUGUGGUAUCUUACAUUCAUAUUCUCCGUGCCAUCCUGAGAAUCAGGUCAGGGGAGGGUCGCCAGAAAGCCUUCUCUAACUGCUCCUCUCAUCUCUCUGUGGUUGGACUUUUUUAUGGCACAGCUAUUGUUAUGUAUGUUGGACCCCAACAUGGGCAUGUGAAGGACCAGAAAAAAUAUCUCCUGCUCUUUCAUAGUCUCUUUAAUCCCAUGCUCAACCCACUGAUCUAUAGUCUGAGGAACAAAGAGGUAAAAAAUGGUCUGACUAGGCUGUUCCUAAAAGAAAGAACUUCCUGA